AUGACAUAUGACACCUUGAUGAAUAUUCGACUCAACAUGAUUCCAACAAUCUACAUCCGCGCUUUCGAUUCUGAUUUCUAUCAAGUUUUCGAUAAAACAAUGUUGAAUACAAUUCGAAGUGCCUAUACAAGUCGAUUCCAUGUCGAAUUAUACAUGACUCCCACAGCCUACAGUAAUUUAGAUGGUGCACAACAAGUUCAAAAUUUAUAUACCGGUUUGGUUGAUAAUUAUAUUCGAGUAUAUGCGUUAUGGAUCAAGGUUGAUCAAAUUGAAAACUGGCCAAAAGACACAACUCGAAAUGCGAAUAUUGUUCGAUCUGCAGUCAAAGCUGCAAAACAAUUAGGAUUCCGGAAAAUUGGAAUAUACACAUCACUCGAAGAAUGGAACACAAUUACUGGAAAUAUAACUGAUAUUGAUAGCGAUACUCUUCUCUGGUAUCAUAUAUUCGAUUCGCCUGCCAAUUUCGAUGAUUUCAAAAGUUUCGGAAUUUGGCAAACACCAUCAGUCAAGCAAUACAAAAAAGACGAUGAAUUGGAAGGAGCAACAGUGAAUCGUGACAUUUUCUCGUACAAUUAA